CCGCGGGCGCCCCAUAGCGAAAGUUAGGUGGGAGCCGCCCCCGGCCGGGCCGCGGAGGGUUGCUCUGGGGGUUUCCGGGAAGCUCUGCGCACGGGGGCACCCCUGUGCCCGGAGCCACUGCGGUGCCCCGGGCAUCCCCGCCCCGCGGCCGGAGCUACGAGGCUGCGCGGGGGCCGAGGCCUCUGAGUGCCAGUGGUGGUGUUGUCCCUUGUCACCUGGAACCCCAUGCAGCCGGAACCUGGGCCUAGCGGGGCUGGGGCCCGCACUCGAUUCCUUCCCCUGAGGUCACAGCGCCCCGAGGGGGCAGGGGACACGGUGAUGUACGCCUCCACCGAGUGCAAAGCCGAGGUGACGCCCUCCCAGCACGGCAACCGCACCUUCAGCUACACGCUGGAGGACCACACCAAGCAGGCCUUCGGCAUCAUGAACGAGCUGCGGCUCAGCCAGCAGCUGUGUGACGUCACGCUGCAGGUCAAAUACGAGGACGCGCCAGCUGCCCAGUUCAUGGCUCACAAGGUGGUGCUGGCCUCAUCCAGCCCCGUCUUCAAGGCCAUGUUCACCAAUGGGCUACGGGAGCAGGGCAUGGAGGUGGUGUCCAUUGAGGGCAUCCACCCCAAGGUCAUGGAGCGCCUAAUUGAGUUUGCCUACACGGCCUCCAUCUCCAUGGGUGAGAAGUGCGUGCUCCACGUGAUGAAUGGCGCCGUCAUGUACCAGAUCGACAGCGUCGUCCGUGCCUGCAGUGACUUCCUCGUGCAGCAGCUGGACCCCAGCAAUGCCAUUGGCAUUGCCAACUUCGCUGAACAGAUCGGCUGCGCUGAGCUGCACCAGCGUGCCCGCGAGUACAUCUAUAUGCACUUCGGAGAGGUGGCCAAGCAAGAGGAGUUCUUCAACUUGUCCCAUUGCCAGCUGGUGACUCUCAUCAGCCGAGACGAUCUGAAUGUGCGCUGCGAGUCCGAGGUCUUCCACGCCUGUAUCAACUGGGUCAAGUAUGAUUGUGAGCAGCGGCGCUUCUAUGUCCAGGCAUUGCUCCGGGCUGUGCGAUGUCACUCGCUCACACCCCACUUCCUGCAGAUGCAGCUGCAGAAGUGUGAGAUCUUGCAGUCGGACUCCCGCUGCAAGGACUACCUGGUCAAGAUCUUCCAGGAGCUGACCUUGCAUAAGCCCACGCAGGUGAUGCCCUGUCGGGCGCCCAAAGUGGGCCGGCUCAUCUACACCGCUGGUGGCUACUUCCGCCAGUCACUCAGCUACCUAGAGGCCUACAACCCCAGUGAUGGCACUUGGCUCCGAUUGGCAGACCUGCAGGUGCCUCGUAGUGGCCUGGCGGGCUGCGUAGUGGGUGGGCUGCUGUAUGCUGUGGGCGGCCGGAACAACUCGCCAGACGGCAACACCGACUCCAGCGCCCUGGACUGCUAUAACCCCAUGACCAACCAGUGGUCGCCCUGUGCCUCCAUGAGUGUACCACGCAAUCGGAUUGGGGUUGGGGUCAUUGAUGGGCACAUCUAUGCUGUCGGUGGCUCCCACGGCUGCAUCCACCACAACAGUGUGGAGAGGUAUGAGCCAGAACGGGAUGAGUGGCACUUGGUGGCUCCCAUGCUGACUCGAAGGAUCGGGGUGGGAGUGGCUGUCCUCAACCGUUUGCUCUAUGCCGUCGGGGGCUUUGAUGGAACAAACCGCCUCAGCUCAGCAGAGUGUUACUACCCCGAGAGAAAUGAGUGGCGAAUGAUCACACCCAUGAACACCAUCCGAAGUGGGGCAGGAGUCUGUGUCCUGCACAACUGUAUCUAUGCUGCGGGGGGCUAUGAUGGUCAGGACCAGCUGAACAGCGUGGAGCGCUAUGAUGUAGAGACGGAAACGUGGACUUUUGUAGCUCCCAUGAAGCAUCGGCGAAGUGCCCUAGGGAUUACUGUGCACCAGGGAAGAAUCUACGUUCUGGGAGGCUACGAUGGCCACACAUUCCUGGACAGUGUGGAGUGUUAUGACCCAGACACAGACACCUGGAGUGAGGUGACCCACAUGACAUCCGGCCGGAGCGGGGUGGGUGUCGCUGUCACCAUGGAACCCUGCCGGAAGCAGAUCGACCAGCAGAACUGUACCUGUUGAGCCACUUUUGUUUCUUGGGCAAAAAAAUGGUCUGAUUGAGAGUAUUGUUGUUUUUGUACAAAAACAGGGACAAAAGAAAAGGCGACAGAGCAAAUGCUUACCCUCCAAGACGGGAGGCUGAGAUGCCUCGGUGUUAAAAUGACAACUAGAAGGAAAAGAAGGCCAGAGUGGGAACCCAUGAGCCUGUCAGAGUAGUCCCUUCCUGGGAGGGGGGUGUAUGAAGGAGAGAGCCCCUGCACCCGCCAUCCUGACAAUAGGCCUGGGUCCCCUCCCAGCAGCCGCCACCUCCCUUUGGGGCAAAAGCAGAUGCCGAGGUCAGGCCGGUUUUUGUUCCUUGUGUCUUUGUGAUUGGUUCCUGGAGGCCUGGGAAGGAGCCAGCUGAGGCCUCGAGGGUGAGGCUCCCAUGGAGGUGUGGACCCCAGGGAUGGGCCUGUACAUAGAAACCACUGGAUAUCUCUGCCCUGGACAGUCUUUUUGUCGAUAAGUAACCAUAUAACUUUCCAAUGAAAAUAAAGAACAAACUAACUAGUGUCUUCCACCCGGGCUCUCAGCUGGAGGUCUCGAACCUGGAGACAGAAAGGACUCUUCUGAAACGUACUCAAGUCUUUGAUUUCGAGUUUGAAUUUGAAACCAGUUCGUUUUCUCUGCCCAUCGCAUCUUAACAUGUAGGGCAUCUUUCUCCCCAUAGGCAAACCACACAGGGCUCACUUUGUCACUUGUGGCUGCUUUGAAGACAAUGACCUAACUCCUUGACGCCUCUCUUAGGGCUCCCCGGAGUUCUAUUUUAAGGCAAACCAUCCCCAACAUGCCUUCCAAAUCGGUGAAAAUCUAUCCAGUCAUUUUUCUGCGCUUCAAUAACACAAACUGAGCCUUUUAUCUAGGGGCCUGGGUAUUAAAGGAUAAAGGGGUCCUUGGGGAUUUUCUCAGGCAAAGGGCUCAGUAUAACCUGCCCUCUUCUGAACAAUUCAUGUGAAGGCAGUAUAUGGCCUGGAUCUCUUUUUAGGCCAAUUAACUCUUACUUGUAUUGGGAGAGUAGAGCAAAGAGGAAUGAAGAUGGUCUCAACUAUCCGGCCUGUCAUAGGUUCUCCCAAGUAGCUUAGAGAGGAAAUAUUUGACUCCUUCCCUUCCAGGGAAAACCUUACCUCCCAUCCCCACAGCUUCAUUCACUCAGUUCACCUGAAGCUUGUCAUAAUUGUCCUGUUUCCUUGGUCCUCUUCUCAAGGUUUUUACUGGAACAAGAAAAUAAAUCUGCCUUGGCUGCAUGAAAUGGACAGGGGGAAGACUAGGAGUUGGAAGCACAAUAUCUGGAUAGCCAUUUUAGCACUUGCAGUGUCUUUGCACAUUAUUUGAUCCUCAAGAGUGCUGGGAGCUAGGAAGGGCAAGCCUGCAUUCUGUAAAGAUGGAGGUUCAGAGAAAUGACUUGCCCACGGUCACGUGGCCACCAAGUGGUAGGUUUCAGGUUCAACUGCAGCGGACACCAAAGAAGCCACAACACGCUCUGCCACUAUGUUUGUGAGAAGGGGAUACAAGGAGGUCUCAUGGGGUCAGUGUGUAUAUCAGUGAACAUUCCGGAAACAGGGAUCUUAUCUAGAGUCGAGGAAUUUGCAGGUAAUUCGGUUGCCAGAAGCCACACAUUCUAGCCCAGAGUGAUGUUUCCUUCUACAAGGGUUAGAACCCUGGUCUUGAGGUCAGUUUUCAGCCAAUUCAGUAAAGCAGUUUGGGUAUCGGCCCUGUGAAGUUUCUUAUCUGCAAAAAUGGUACUUGGGCACUGACUGGGCAUUAGGCCCCAUGUAAGCUGCUGGACCAAGCAAGGUGAGUAUUUACAUUCACUUUCUAAUUCUGCAAAGACAACUUUAAAAAAGACCUCACUGUGCUAGUGAACGGACCCCAAAUGAGCCCUUGUGGAAAUUACAGCCUCACGGAGUAGAAUGACCAGCCUGUCCUGGUUUGCCCAGGAAAUUCCCAAUUUGAACAAUGAAAAGUCUGGCACCCCAGAACCCCUCAGACCUGGAGUAAACCAGGCCAACUCUACAGGUAAGCCUGAUGGUGAAACAAUAUUAAAAGUGUGCUGAGUGACAGGCUGCUGAGGGUCAUGGUUAAAUACCCCCUUGAAAGUCCGUGGCUCUGGAAGCUAUGUGGACGUGGCUUGGUUGCAGAUUGGGGUGCGUUGGGAAAGGAGAAGCAGCUGUUGCAUCAGCCAGGUGAGAGAGGAUGGCCCUUUGGAUUAGGCUGUGGGAAUGGAGAGAGGUCAAAUUUACAGGUGAAGAGACUGAUGAGACAAAAGGGCAGAGAAUUAGGAAUGUUCCUGGGUGGCUUCAACCUUAAAACAGCCUGGGGCCGGGGGGGAAGAGGGGGGAACACCCUGGGGGUAGAGAAGCUUUGAGGAGGCUGCAGGUAUAGAAGGAAAGUGACAAUGUUUGGGGGUGUGUCUGGUUUGAGGCCUCGAGAUACAAUUGUUCUAGGAGUGUGCACAGUCAUUUUUCUAGCCUUCAGGCUUUAAUGCUUCCACAAGUAGUUCUGGAAUGACUAUUUUACCAGACCCGAAGGGAAGUGUUCAGACACAGUGAGGAACAGGCAUGAAACAGUAGAGCUAGAGUGAAGGAUCACAAGAUGCAUAUGUAAUUAAGUUCAAAGGUAAGUCCUCUGAAGGCCAGGAGGUUGACCAAGGUCAGAGGCCCUGAGAAAGCAUUGUUGAGGAGGUGGUCUUCUCACAGAAACCAAAAGGAACUGAUAGAGUAAACUAGGUGAGGAAAGGAGGGGCAAGUUUCUGGACAGAAGCAUCACAUUCAAAGGUCCAGUGGUA